CGUCAGAGUUUCCGGGCGUGUUGGCGUGCGACGCUGUCGUGCCGACGGCCCGCUUUACGGCCGCGAGCACGGAGCGAGCCGGCGCCGGGGCCGCUCGGGCCGGCAAGCAGGGCGGGCGAGGGAAGUGGAUGCCCGGCGGCGGCGGGGCGAGCGCGGCGUCUGGCCGGCUCCUCACCGCCGCUGAGCAGAGAGGGGCCCGCGAGGCGGCGGGGUCGGCGGCCCGCGGCGGCCCGGGGAGCUCCGGCGUCUGUCGAGGCCUCGGCUCGGGCGGCCCCGGUCCGGGCGGCCCGGGCGGCCCGGCGGGCAGGAUGAGCCUGACGCCCAAGGAGCUGUCGAGCCUGCUGAGCAUCAUCUCGGAGGAGGCGGGCGGCGGCAGCACGUUCGAGGGCUUGUCCACCGCCUUCCACCACUACUUCAGCAAGGCCGACCACUUCCGUCUGGGCUCGGUGCUGGUGAUGCUGCUGCAGCAGCCCGACCUGCUGCCCAGCGCGGCGCAGCGGCUCACGGCGCUCUACCUGCUCUGGGAGAUGUACCGCACCGAGCCGCUCGCCGCCAACCCCUUCGCCGCCAGCUUCGCGCAUCUGCUCAACCCCGCGCCGCCCGCCCGCGGCGGCCAGGAGCCCGACCGCCCGCCGCUCUCAGGAUUUUUACCUCCCAUAACUCCACCAGAAAAGUUCUUCCUCUCCCAGCUGAUGCUGGCACCACCCAGGGAACUCUUCAAGAAGACCCCUCGGCAGAUUGCCCUGAUGGACGUCGGCAACAUGGGCCAGUCCGUGGACAUCAGCGGCCUUCAGCUGGCCCUGGCUGAACGUCAGUCUGAACUGCCGACGCAGAGCAAAGCCAGCUUCCCUAGCAUUCUCAGUGACCCAGACCCGGAUUCCUCCAAUUCUGGAUUUGACAGCUCAGUUGCCUCGCAGAUCACGGAAGCUUUAGUCAGUGGGCCGAAACCCCCGAUCGAAAGCCACUUCCGGCCGGAGUUUAUUCGCCCGCCGCCUCCACUGCACAUCUGUGAGGAUGAACUGGCCUGGCUCAACCCCACGGAGCCAGACCACACGGUUCAGUGGGAUAAGUCCAUGUGCGUGAAGAACAGCACCGGUGUGGAGAUCAAGCGGGUCAUGGCCAAAGCCUUCAAAAGUCCCUUGUCUUCCGCCCAACAGACACAGCUCCUUGGUGAAUUGGAGAAAGACCCCAAACUGGUUUAUCAUAUUGGCCUCACUCCAGCCAAGCUUCCUGACCUAGUGGAAAACAACCCUUUAGUGGCCAUAGAAAUGCUGCUGAAACUGAUGCAGUCCAGCCAGAUCACCGAGUAUUUCUCUGUCCUUGUCAACAUGGACAUGUCCCUACACUCGAUGGAAGUUGUGAAUCGACUGACUACAGCUGUUGAUCUACCUCCAGAAUUCAUUCACCUUUAUAUAUCUAACUGCAUCUCUACUUGUGAACAAAUCAAGGAUAAGUACAUGCAGAACCGUUUGGUCCGUCUGGUGUGCGUCUUUCUCCAGUCCUUGAUCCGUAACAAAAUUAUUAACGUGCAGGACUUGUUCAUAGAAGUGCAGGCAUUCUGUAUUGAAUUCAGUAGGAUACGGGAAGCUGCUGGCCUUUUCCGGUUGCUGAAAACACUGGAUACUGGGGAAGCGCCAUCGGAGACCAAAAUGUCUAAGUGAUACCUCAGCCAAGCCACCCCAUUCGUCGUCACCGCCUUGCUUAGAAGCAUUGGCCGCAUGCAUCCAGACAACAUUCUGUCUACUUCAACCACGUUUGGUUUUCCUGGAUGACUUUUCCUGUAGGUGAAUAUUUGUAAGAACUUGGAAAAAAUGUUUUUAAGAAUCCUCCUGGCUAUCCACAGGAAAAAGUUAUCCAUCUACCAAAGUUAUUACAAAAUAGAUUUUUGUUUUGCACUGCAGAGUAAGUGCUUGUUUUGGCUUAGAAAGGCAAGCUGCAGACUUGAUCGGGAGUCGUUUUCCUGAGGCGAAUAGAAGUUUGCUUCUCGUACCUACCUACGCAUGGGAGCUUUUCACUUCUCACUGAACACAAGCCGAACCAAGGACGUGCUUGUAGCUAUCGCUUCAUUAUGGGGACCUAACAGACAACAGGACAAAUGCAUUUCUGGAGUCACACAAACACCUGGACUCUGACCCCCGUUUUUGGCCUGAAGCAGCCGGCAGUUCCCUAUUGUUUUUCUUGAGAUGUUCUCUUACUUGUAAGAAAGCCAUUUUUGUUUGAAGGGCCAGUCACCACUAAGACCCACUGUACACUGAGUGGGAUCUGUACCUUCCUAGCAUAAACUGGGCUGUGUGAUCUGAAAAGCCAGUGCAGGGGGGACUGUAUGAGCUGUUAUCCUUCAUGUGACUGUGGACAACAGUGCCUUCCAUUAAAGUUUUUUAAAUCA